AAUGCGAUGGCUUACCAACGAAAACACGCCUUAUGUCAUUUAUUGUAAACAACAGAUUUGCUUUUACUGUAAAAUUCAAAUAGUUCUGCAAAAUGAAAAAAACAUGGGUUAAACGUGAGAACAUAUUCUAUGUGCCAUUCUACAAACAAAAGUCCAAAUUGUUUUUUCUAUGCAUAUUUUUCCUGGGCAUAAUAUUUUUUAUUUACCAAGCUGUUACUAUAAGUGAUUUGCCACCAUCUUGGUCAUUGGAGAGCACGUUAGAAGAUCUGCGUAAAAAACAUAAACAAAUGCAAGCGUCGCUGGGUCAAAAACAAACGGAUAAUGAUUCUGGGGGAGGAGACAGGGAUCCAAACACUUCCACGGAUUCAUCUAUAAAGAUUAUAAGAGGAAUAAGACUUUUUGACUUCGAUUCGUAUAAGCCGAACUUUGAAGGAAAUUUUCGUUGCUUGGAUGGAAGCUUGGAGAUACCCUUCGAGCGGGUGAACGACGAUUAUUGUGAUUGUCCAAACGAUGGUAGCGAUGAACCGAGUACAAAUGCCUGCAGUAACGGUAGAUUUUUUUGCAAGUUUCAAAAACGACAUAUAACGGGAAGAGGACGUGACAUUUUUAUCUUAAGUAGUCGAGUAAAUGAUUUUAUCUGUGAUUGUUGCGACGGAAGUGACGAAUGGCUUGGCAUCACAUGUCAAAAUAAUUGUUUACCAUAAUUAUUUUUAAAACAAAUAUUAGCUAUAAAUUAAAGAGAUAAACAAAUUAAGCAAUUUUACCAAAUUAUUAUAAUAUAGCACUUAUUAUUUUAUAUAAAUAAAAUAUUUUACUCUCGGA